AUGUGGAAGACACACCAGAGCACAGGGCCUAGUGCUGAUUAUGUAGCAUACAAAAGAGCCCUAAAUGUGGCCAAUCAGGAAAUUGGAUUUGUCAAAUGGCACUUCGAGAUGAAACUAGCCAAAAAUAUUAAGAAAUAUCCCAAGUCCUUUUAUGAGUAUACCAAGACAAGUGCGCUGAACACAGACUCACUAUUACCAACACUUUGUUUAGGCAGGCCGACAAGUUCAAGGGUUCUUGGCAACACAUCUCAUUUCCUAAUCACUGCCGGAGAAAGAGAUCGCCGAGAUAUCCACUUUACCAGACCUAUGCGUGGCUCAGACCACUGUGACACAGAUCAUCAGCUGGUGUCGAGCAGAAGGAAGGUGGAUAAAAGUCUCCUCGCCAGCAGUGUUACCAGUCUUAACCUCUCCUAUGUAGACCUACGUACGUUAUGUGAGCGUGUGGGUGUGGAGGGUUGGGGACGGAGGGAGUGUGGGCGGUCGGUGGAGGUGGCGGAGGUAAUAGUGGAGGCUGCCUGGUUAGGAGCCACUCACUGCCAGGACCUCAUGACCUACAACCGAUGGAACUGCUCACUUGGCCGAUCCAGAAGGAAGAUCAUGAGAAAAGCGAUGCAGGAGACAGCAUUCUUAGAGGCCUUGUCAUCAGCUUCAGUAGCACAUGUGGUUUCCAGAGCGUGUGCAAGGGGCCGCCUCACACCGUGUUCCUGCCUCUCCUCCCUCCACUCCACCCCCGACACCCUCAAGGCCUGGAGGUGGGGAGGCUGCGGAGAUGACCUCAAGUAUGGCAGGAAGUUCGCAGAGAAGUUGUUCCAGGGUAAGAGGCGCCGGCACAGUAGGCGACAGUCGAGAUCUGGAAGUGGAAUCCCAUCUAACUCCUCCAGCAGACGUGGCCCUCAGAGGAGCCGAGAUUUCAAGUCCCAAAUCGACGCCCACAACGCCUGCGUGGGGAUUGUGACAGUGAUGAAGGGAUCCCAGCAGACGUGUAAGUGCCACGGUGUGUCUGGCUCCUGCACCAUGAAGACUUGUUGGAUGCAGCUGCCCUCCUUCGCCGCCUCCACCAGGGUUAUCAAACACCUCUACGACACAGCUGCCGUCGCUCACACCAAGAACGAGGCCCAGAUCAUGAACAGACCUCGGGCGAGGAGACAGAGGAAGAUGGGAAGGUUUACUCGUACAGUUGGUGAUGACGAUGGUCAGGUCUCAGGGACCAUACACAGUAACCCUGGAGGACUCACACCAUGGGAGCUACAGAUGCCUCUACAAGACCACCGGAUGGAGAGAGAAGACUUUCGACUGAUCGGAGACACAUCUUCAAAACAUCACAACAAACGCAUCCCGAGAUCUUUCGGCAACACAGCCCACAGACCCUCACAAAGGAACGAAAAACGGAGUCAGUUAUUCAAGAGGCCUUGUAGAUCGCCUCUCGGAGACCCAACAAAGCUCAUCUACCUGGAUAGUUCGCCCAAUUACUGCCACAAGAACAAGCACGGUCCAGGCACUUCAGGGCGCGCCUGUAAGAAGAGGGAAAAUUGCGACAUGCUGUGUUGUGGGCGCGGCUACGACACCACUGUGAGUGUGCUGUGGGAGCCGUGUCGUUGUAGGGUCAAAUGGUGCUGUGAAGUUCUCUGUCAUAACUGCUCACGAACAACAGAGAUCUACACGUGCAAAUAAACUUACAGGAACCACGUGCAGCGAGAUACAAGGUGCAGCCUCUCACACCUACUGGGGAGGCACCAAUGCCUCUACAGAAGACCUUAAUAAAUCAGGAGUUUCUAUUAAAAGCUCUUCUUCCUACAACAUUGACUAUCUGCUCUAUGUACCUCCCUUCCACACUGGACUCUAUAUACAGUAUAAAUCUCCUGCUCCCGCUGUCUUCCUGCUGGUGACAAAAAUCGUCGUCAGGAAAAUAGCCAAUCAUAGUCCUCCAAACUUAUCUCUCUCCUGCGUUAAUUUAUAGCAAUGAAAAAGAAAUCAGCUGAGUUCAAUAUCUCCCCAAGUGUGCAGGUGUUACACAGGUAGGCUACAGUAAGGUACAAUACAGCCACGUUAACCACCUUUAUGAUCCUUUUCCUUACAAAUGGAUCACGUAGUCGUAUAUUUUCUAAGUAGAAGGUAUUUUUAACACAGCUACAGCACUAUCAUAAUUUAAGUGUAUAAUACAGAGCCGAGUAACUUUCUUAUAUUAGUCAAAUUUAUUACUAGUACAAUGACUUCAUUUAUUUAAGUGGGUCACAUGAUGUAGAUUCCAAAACUAACAUGACGAGGGUUGUAAUUAAAAUGAUUAACAGACAAGAAGUAAAAUAUGUCAUCUUCAUCAUCAUCAUCAUCAUCGUCAUCGUCAUCGUCA